AUCUAUAUCCGAACCAAAUUCCCUCCUCCCUUUUCUUUCCCCCUUCCCUCGUUUUCUGCUCUUCUCUCUCUCUCUCUCUUCCCCUUCCAUCUCUCGCUCUCUCUCUUCUGUACCCGCUUUUUCAUUUUCACUUCCUCUUCCCCGCCUCCACCAUUUCUCCUUCCUCACCGAUCCCCCUCAGCUCCAAAUCGCGCCUUCAAUCCUUCGAGAUCUCCUCCUCCUGUAUCCUCUCCCCCAAACCCCCCCAACAAACCCUCCUCCCGCCGAUCUUCCCUCAUGUCCGAUUCUGCGAGGACUCCCCCUCCCCCUCCGCCGCUGCAAACCGCGAGGGCCACCGCCAUGCAUCCACCUCCUGCCACCCACCUCCCCUUCUCCUCCGUGAGGCCCCCGUUCGUCCCCGCAGGAGACUACCACCGCUUCGCAGCUGAGCUGGGCCGAGUUCCUCCUGAUCGUGAAGCUGAUGCUUUUGCUGGUAGAUCGCCGCAAGUGAAGCGGAAGAGUGAUGAGUUAGACUGCAAAGUGGAAUCAACCGUAUAUGCUGAAGCUCUUAACAGUCCUUUCCAGACACCUGUAUCAGGGAAGGUUGCCAAGACAGGCAAAAAUUCAAGAGCUGCAAAGAGCAACAGGGGACCUCAAACUCCUGUUUCCAAUGCCGGUUCUCCAUCAGGCGGCAAUCUUACUCCAGCAGGUCCUUGCCGCUAUGACAGCUCCUUAGGUCUCCUCACAAAAAAGUUCAUUAACUUAAUAAAACAUGCUGAAGAUGGCGUUCUUGAUCUAAAUAAAGCUGCGGAGACUUUGCAGGUGCAAAAGAGAAGAAUCUAUGACAUAACAAAUGUCCUCGAAGGAAUUGGUCUCAUAGAAAAGAAACUGAAGAACAGAAUUCAGUGGAAGGGGCUUGAUGCUUCUAGGCCAGGAGAGAUUGAUGAAAGUUUUGGAAGCUUGCAGGCGGAAGUGGAUGCCCUCUCCAUUGAGGAGCAUAGGCUAGAUCAAAGAGUAAGAGAAAUGCAAGAAAGAUUGAGGGAUCUAAGUGAAGAUGGAGAUAACCAAAGGUGGCUUUUUGUCACUGAAGAUGAUAUCAAGGGAUUGCCUUGCUUCCAGAAUGAAACCUUAAUAGCGAUAAAAGCUCCACAUGGCACCACUCUAGAAGUUCCAGAUCCUGAUGAGGAUGUUGACUAUCGCCAGAGGAGAUACAGGAUAGUCCUUAGAAGCACAAUGGGUCCAAUAGAUGUUUAUCUUGUCAGCCAAUUUGAAGAGAGGUUUGAGGAGAUUGGGGCUGAGCCUCCUUCAAGCUUACCAUCAAGGUCUACAUUUCAUGAGAACCCACCAUCUUCAUCAGCCAAAGAAGAUGGCAACAGAAAGGAAAUUCAAAUGCAAGGCCACGAAGCUCAUAGGCCUUCCCCAGAUUUCAACCCGAUGCCAGACUUUGUGGGCGGAAUUAUGAAGAUUGUCCCCUCAGAUGUCCAUAGUGAAGCAGAUUACUGGCUGUUAUCUGAUGCUGAGGUUAGCAUCACAGACAUGUGGAGGACGGAAUCUGGUGUCCAAUGGAAUGGCUUAAGUGAGGACUACUCUAUGACUAAUGCAAGUAUAACCCUGCCCGAGACAACACCGACCAGUAUGCCAGAAGUUCCUACUUCCACUGCUCUUGGUUCUUCAUGCAAGUGAAAGGCAUCUGCUUCUAGAUCCAUUGGCCUUUUCAAUUUGCGAAGCUCGAUGUAUCAACUCUAAAUUCAUCUGGUUUGAUGGUUAUGGGGAAAGCUCCCUCCCUGACUCCCCCAUGAGGUGAUCUUUGAGAUCCCAGAAGCAAGUUUUCAAGAGGAUUAUGGAAAAGCAACUUCCAAAUCAGGAUGCCAAUGAUUCGGACUCGGUGUACAGAAGAUUGGUAUUCACGGCAAUGUGUAGUUCAGUUAACAUUAGAAUAGAAUAAAGUUUGUAUGUAGUACAGUCAAAUCCUGUAUAUUACUCCAAUCUCUAUUAACCUCGAGCAGCGUCUUAGUACUGUGCAGCUUGUGUAAACCGAGUUAACUGGAAUUGUAUCGGCUUUUACUCUUUAUAUAUGCCCCAUUUACAGCUUGACUGCAA